AUGAGACAGCUCGCUGAAGGAGGACACAUCAGCCCCAGACAAAAGACACCUGAUGCUGGGACUCAGUCGUCAUCGAAUGUUGAAAUGCCUUGUGGGAAGGAGGGCACAAACACCCCUGUAUGCCUCCCCCUGCUCUCUGAGAGCAAAAGGCUGUUAUGGGUGCACUCCAACCAGAUUGUCCUGCCGGCAGAUUUGGUCGCAGAGCUGGACAAAGCCUUCGAUAGGUUUCCUUAUCUGACACGUAAACAGAACGCUUUGCUGGCCCAGCGCUGCUCCCUGCACCCAGACCAGGUGAAAGUGUGGUUCAUGGCUCAGAGGCUCCAGUAUGGUAUCAGCUGGGACGUUAAAGACAUCUGUGAUGUCAGGAACAAGUUUCGAUCCAGUGCCAAAGAUGCUGAAGAAAAUGGGGAAGUUCAGAACAAGAUGGAUGAAGAGGUGCAAGAAGACAAAAGAAAGGAAAAGAACCAGAAGGAAAAGGGAGGAGAAUCUGGUGAGGAGAAAGGAAGAGGGGAAAAGAGACCAAAAGAAGGAAGAAUGAUAGCUCGAAAUGUGAGAGCUAAUGAGCAACUGGAGAGAAAAACUAAGCAGGAGCAACCAAUGAAGAAAGAAAAGCCUAGAGAAACAGAGAAAGACAAACCCAGCACUCCAAAAAAGCGAAAGAGAGGGGCGGAGCCAGUUAAAGACAAAAAGAUGUGGGUGACGCAAGAUGACGGUGAGGGAGCUGCAACAGUGGAGGUGAAGACAGACGAAAGUGAGAAGGAGGGUCAAGCAUCCAUCGAGUCUGAGGAAGCAGCUCUCAACAAGAGAAAAGAGAAAGUUAAGAAGGAACAAAUGUUCAACCAAACAGAGACUGUCAACGCGAAUCCCACUUGUUUUCACAAACCUUCAACCCAAACGUUGACCACCAUUCUUCUGACUGAGAACCAGACAGAUCCGCAGCACGCAGCCGACACUCCCUCCACCUUCUCAGUUAUGACCCCUGUGAAUGACAGCUGUGAUGGAAAACCUGAAGCCUUGGCUGGUCCUCAGGAAGAUCUGCACACAGAGGCAGCAAACCUAUACAUUGUGGUCACAGACGUAGGCAAACAGAAGGAGCUCACCACAGUCGACAGCAGUCUUAUUGCUGCAGACGAUCCACCCACUCUGAUCAAACCGGAUGCAGACAGACACGCCGCUCCCACUGGAACCCGCUCCAAGACGCGGGCUCAGUUGGCGAUGAUGAAAAUGGCUUUCUUGCACUGUCAGUACCCGAACAGUGAGCAGUACAGCUGGUUGACGGGGGUGACUAAGAUCCCCCGGCAUGUUUUGGUUCAGUGGUACGGUGACAUGCGCUACUCCCUGAAAAGAGCAAAGCCUCGCUGGAUGACCAAGGAGCAAUACGAUCAGGCGCUGAGCAACAUCAGGCAUCAUCAGUACCUAAGCAUGCUGAGAAAGUCGACAGACAGGGCAAAUAACGCUUACGCCGCCUGGAUGACGAUGAUUAAGGAGGGGAAAGGGUGUAAUGGAAAAGAAAGUGAAGAAGCCUCAGCGUUAAAGACUGAAUCAACUGUUGACACAUAA